GUUGGCUAUUAAAUUCUCCAGUGGUAGACUUGGUAUUGUUGUAAUGUAGAGCAGAAUUUUCACAUAUUGACUGGGGCUGUAUUCAAGUAUUCAAACUCUAUACAUAUCUAGAUGGUUCUAAAGACCAAGCAACUGGAAUGACAGGAAGUUCCCAAGUAGCUCAGUGGUAAGAGCAUUGAAUUAACAAAGCAAGGUCGUGGGUUCGAUCCAGGGGAAUUGCACAUAUUUAGAAACAAAUGUACAGGAUAAUGCAAUGUUAGACGCUUUGGAUAAAAGCGUCUGCCAAAUGAAUAAAAAGGUUAAAAAAUAAAAUGACUUAAGUGUAUAUACAGUUGAAUCGUGUGCCAUUUGGUUAGCUCUAUACUUGAUAGAACAGAAUGAAGCAAAACAAGUUUUAGUGAUUCAGCAUCUGCUCAUAACCUUAAAUCAGGUGUGGCCAAAAAUCAUCAGGAAUUGUUUAAAAAAGUACUGUUUAAAAUCACAAAGAUUAAAGAGGUCAUAGGACACAGCUAAAACGAACAUUAUUGUUUGUUUUAGAUGCAAUGCUCAUGUCAUCAUCGUUUUUUAAAGUUAACAGGAAGAUGUGAGCAUUGUCAGGUACCAGAAACCAUAUGUAAUUGUUAUUUUUGCAGGAAUAGAACAGAGAGAAAAGACAUGAUAGGUGACAUGUUAACGUAGGUCUAGUAGGACAAGAGCUUAAGGACAUACUAGAAUGUGGCCAGCAUCAGUGUAUUACCGCCACCUUCUGGCCUGGGUGUGUAGAGCAAACGUGACGGUAAAAAUGGAUCUUCUUCGGAACAGUCAUUAUUUAAGUGGAGUUUUGGGAACUAGAGAGAUAAAUACAUUUUGUAUAUAAGACAUUUACACGGAAAUCAACGAGAUGGAUUUUAUUUCUCCAAAUUGUAAGUUACGUUACGCCAUGAGGCUCAGCUCAAACAAUCUAUUCUGUUUACUUUUGCUCUGAAGGUUUAAAAGCUCACAGUGACUCCUUCGCGUCUAUGAUAUGAACUGACGGCACACCAUUGGUGUUUUUUGCUAAUGUUUUAUAAUAUCAGUAUGUUUUGCACUUAUUUGGCGAUCAUUUUAUUCGUCGCAUCAUUAAACAUUUGGUUAAAAGUAAACACCAGACAGCCAUUUAAAGGCACUUAAAUACCAAGGGAUGGAUGAUUAGUACAGUGAUUCUCAGGAGGGUUUAGAGCUUAUCUUUGUAUUUACUUCCUGGAAGAACGUUACCAUGGAGACGGCGCAGUCUACAAAUGGACGGGUAACGCUUGUCUAAACACAGCUAGUUUAACAACAAAAAGCCUUUAAAUUACUGAUAACACUUCUGUAUAUAUUUCCUGUUGUUUAUAAAAAAGAUUAUUCGGGAUAAGCGAAUCUUUUAAAACUCUGGCCAGUACUGAAUCAGUCUUACCAGUUGUUGUCAAUAAUCUUAAACAGAAGAUAGUAAGCAGUCUGUGCACUGAGGGAAAAAGGUAAAGUGUUUUUUAUUUAUAAUGAAAUGUAUUAAUGAUGAUUAUUAUCAUUUGCUUCGCCCUUAUUUAAUGUAGUCUAUGUCAUAUUGUCUUUUUACUUAACAUAAUUUAGUGAAAUAAUUGAUGCAUAAUUUACUCUGCAUACCUAAAAAGACCCGAGAACCAAUGCUUUAAAGCAUCAUGCAUGCCUGCUCUAUCUCAUUUACGACUACAUUAGUUUGCAUAAACAUGGUUUUGACUGUGAUGUUUUAUGUUGUCUUUGAUUUCGCAGUGAUGAACGGUGACAGUGAUCAAAUAAAGGAGCACCUGAGGCUUCAGUUUCAGGCUCUUCAAGAGCAACAAGUUCAACGCGUCCAGAAAAGAUUGGAGAUGAAAAAUGAGUUGCUCAGAGAAAAUUCAGGCUCAAACGAUCUGGACAAUAUGAACCUCAAAGAAGACGACGAUGACAUGAUGGAUCUGGUCAAUGCAAGACUGAUCCAGAAUGAAAAUGAGGAGUUGCAUGAGCAGCUGAGGGAGCUGAGAGAUGAGAACGGCAGACUCCAUAAACUGCUGGGUGAAAAAGACUUUGAGAUAAAACACCUGAAGAAGAAGAGAGAAGAGGAAAGGCUGGCUUUAGCAGGUACUGCAGGUCUGGCAGGAGAAGCUGCAGCGACCAAAAUUGUAGAACUGUCCAAAAAGAAUCGUGAAAUGGCUGCGGAAUUGGAACGAGAGAAGACCAGAAAUAAACUAGCAAACAACAGAGUCAAACAAUUGGAGAAAGAGCUCCAGGCCACACUGUUAAAUCAUACUGGACAGAAGUCAAACCAGAUGAAAGCCUCACGGACUGUGAAUGAAAACAGUCCAGUUGACAAAUCUCUACCGGAGAAACUAUCAGCUGCCCAGCUCAAAUUGUCCGAGUACCGUAACCAAAUCCAGGUCCUUAAGCAAGAGUUAAAAAUGGCUCAUAAGGUGUUGAGCUGUGAGGUGGGUGAGGAUGUCAAUAUUCCCCAAAUACUUUAUAAUCCAGGAGGAUGGAGAGGUCGUUCGCAACAGAUCCUUGCCCUUCAGAACAGAGUGCGAGAUCUGGAACAACAACUGAGCCAGACAUCUCAGAGGAAGCAGCUGGGUGACUACAGCCUGGAGGAGGAGAUCAUGAGAAUGGGAGGUCUGCAGAAGACACAAGACAGAAACAUCAGUCACAUCCGUAAUAUAGAGAAAGAGCGGAAAGGGACAUUGGAGAAGCUCACCAUGGACUAUGAAGUGCUUCUUGGGGAAAAUUCAGAUGUAAAGAAGAAACUAGAAGGCUCCAAAGCCAGGAACAAUGUGUUGAGCACAGAGGUCAAAGCUUUGAAAUCUCAGAUCUCCACCCUGUUGGAAAAAGGCAGACAUGACGAUGAACUGGUUGAUGCUUUACUGAAGCAGCAGACACAGUGGCAGGCUAUGCUCGGUCAUAUGAGUCAGAAAGGGUCGCAGCGUGAUGAGGUUCAGCAGGGCCUGGAGAGACAGUUCCACAUUGAGGCCCAGCAGCACAAUUCCCUCAUCCAGCAGCUUAAACAUAUGGUGUCAGAGAAAGAGAAGAAGGUCAAAGAACUUGAACAGGAGAUCCAACAACUGGCCAUCAAGAUGCACAAAGAAGGUGAAUCAGAAAAUAAGAUGUGUCCAAAUGGCAGACACUUGACAUCACAACAGGAGAACAGCAAGGAGUCAAACUAUACCAGCUGCCCAGACUGUGCUGUUAAAGUCCCAUCACUGCAGGCUCAGUGUUCAGAGUAUAAAGCUCUCUAUCAAGCUGCCAGUGUGGAGAGAGACAGGCUGCUUGAGCUGACUAAGUUACAGCAAAACAGGGAGGAAGAGAUAAAGCUGCAAUGUGAAGAAGCCAAGCAUAAAUUCAAACAAGAACUACAGCGUUCAGUUGUGCUGGAACAGCAGUUGGAGAGAGCCAAACUGGACUCGAGGAAAGAAUUCAGUCGGCCUGCAACUAAUGCUAGAAGCUCUGUCAACUCUCUGAGUCUCACUGAGAAACACGAAGGCGUGUUUCCCAGAAGUCCCACCGAUGUUUUCCGCGACGAUGAACUUCAUGAACUUAGAUCUCGGCUGGCACUGCAACUGGAGGAGAACGAGGCCUUGAGAACCACUCUGAGGAACACCUUGAAGGAAAAGAAAGAGGGCCUACAAUUCUACAAGGACAUGAUGGAACCGGCCAAACAGAGCUUCCAGCAAGCCCACAGAAACCAGGGGACUUAGUUUUGGCAUAAGCCUCCGUUGUGAGGAUCAACCUCAGAAAAAAUCUGAAAACAGAGAUCGCUCAAAAACAAAACUGCCAAUAUUUGGAUACCAUCCAGCAUUGAGAGUGAAAAGUGAUAAAACAGAUGUUUCAUGUUUUAUCAAGGUGAGUUUGCAACAUUUGGAAGAAAUGACUGCGAAAUAAUGAAAGUUCUUAAGUUCUAAACAAGUUGUCAUGAGAUGUUUACUAUAUAAAGUUAGCACAAUAAGACUCAAACUCGAAGGACCCCACCUGUAUAAUGAAGGUGACCAUUUUGAGAAAUUAUUCAGGUAAACCAAGUACUGCUGUUUUUUCUUUUAUAAUUUUUGGCUCCCUAAACUGGAAACAAACUUUCCUGCCCUCUUUUCUGACGCACGUUGCUCAUUAAUAUUUGAUUUUUGCAUCGUGGUGUGGAACCAGAACAAAUAGCAAAUCCAAAACAAGCUCCCCCGGCAUACAGAGAGCCCCCCUUCUUAUUGUCCUCCACCACCUCGAGCGAUAUGCAAUGAUUUGACUUACAUUUAGCGUAUCAGCCUAGGCAUUCAUACCGGCAUACAUGAGUUAUUCUGUUUCCUGGUUUGAGGCCUCCCCUCCCCACACCGCUCCACCACGCUUAAUUUAAACCUGUGGCUGAAGUAGUGUAGUCGUCUUGAAAUGGCGCACUAUUUCAUCUUCCCAGAAUCCUGAGGGACGCUGGCAAGCCCGAGGCUGUAAUCAGCGCAAAAGUACCACAAGACAAAAAUAUCACGCUGGAUUGGAAAUGAUGAAAAGUCGCCUUAUUUACGUUUAGAAACAAACAGCAGCUUGUGUUUGAAUGUAUGACCGGGAGAGCCAUAUGCUGUAAGUUGAAACAAAAUCAAGUGUUUACAGCACUUUUUGUAAUGCAUGUUAUUGUGCAUAAUUCAUCCAUGCACACAUUGCACGGUAUUUCAAAUAGGAAUUUGACAAUAGAAACGAGCUCCACCUUCGAAAUGACUUUUUCCUUUCAGCUGAGGUCAGGUAGGCCGAAAAAUGUAAUAGUAGUACACCAUAAAAUACAAAUUCUGUCAUCAUUUUCUCCCUCCAAACCUAUAAGACUUUAUUUCCUUUUGUGGAUCAUGUUUACAUGUUAAACAGUCCUGCGACUGACUUAAAACGUUUACCUAAUAUUUGUGUGUUAUUUGUACCCAUCUGAAAUAAUAAUAUACGGGAAUAUACAGGAAACAUAAAACACUUAUAAAUUUCCAUCUAUUGGAACCAAGUGCUUAUAUAUGAAAAUAGUAUAUUCCUCAUGUUUUAUUGUGAUAAAUUAUCAUUGUAUUAUUCUAUAGAAUUUCAAAUAUAUAUUAAAUGAAUGAAUAUAUUGACAGUUAAUAUAUGUAAAAUAUAUUUUCUUUGCGUAAGGGUAUCUUUAGGCUUGUUAAAGUAUUGUGUUGUUAACUAAGCAAACUCUUUAGUCUUAACAGCAAACUCUUAUUGCAAUUAAAUGAAAAAGAUGUAAAAUAUCUAGAGAGUUUCAAAAAAGUUACUUAGGAGGAACUGCAUAUAGUAUACAAGGAGUGCACAUCAAAGCUUUUGUGGACUCCUAUAGAUAAAAGUGGUGGUGUUUUACUUGAAAAUAAUUGCAUUUGCACAAGUGUGCAUAUAGAGUAACCCUGCCUAUUUACUGUUGCUAAAGACAGACACAAAUAAGCACUCAUUAUAAUCUUGUUUUGUGUAUGUGACAGAUGGCAUAGAUGAUUAAUCAAAGAUAAUGAGUAGACUUAGUGAUUGUCACAUUCCAGCAAAUUGACCUUGUUUGUACUGUACAUAGAUGAAGUCAGGCUGCGUCCAAAUACCCCACUUGGGGUCUUUGCACUUGACCACUUGACUACUUUUAUAACGUAUUUCCUGUUUUUGGCCCUAGUGAUCUAGUGGGCGUUAAAAUCUCAAGUGAGCAUGUAGUAUUUCUAACCGGAUGGGACCCACUAGGCAAGUGCAAACAUGUGAUUAAUCUGUUAUUUCUUAUUAUGUUAUAAAAAGUAGUUUUACAAAAUAUAUAACUCUGGAGUUUUCACCAUUAAAAUGUGUAACACUUUACGUUUUACUACGAAAUUAUAUGUAAUGUCUAAGUAUAAUGUCAAGUCAGAUUAAUUUUUAUAGCACUUUAUUUGUAUUGUAUCAAAGCAGCUGUACCCAAAAAACACAUGUUAGCUAAACAUAGAUUAAAUAAAGAUAUAACCUUAAAAAGUAGUAGUAUAACAUACACUGGAAAGCUUUCCGCAAUAUCUCGCGAGACCCGGUCAAAAAGUCUCAUGAUAUAUCCAGAACAUGAUCCAUGAUGGGAUAAACUUAGCCCUGAAUACCGCUCGGAAGCUGUAUUUAAGAUAGUGCGGGCUAGGUGUGCGUUAAGGGCACUGCUCUUUUGAAUUUUUUAGACAUUGGACACACUUGCUCUCUUGCUUCCUGUCGUGUGCACGAGCUAUCAAUUGGCCAAGACCACAAGUGGGAGUAUUUGGACGCAGCCUCAGUCUAUAGUUAAAGAAUAUCAAUGUGUUUGUCAGAACAAAGGUCGAAUCUAUUUAAACUCAGAUAUGUACAGAAAUUAAUCCUCAAAUAUAUGACACAUAUGAACUGCUAUAUCUAUAUGUAUUUAGGCCUAAACAAAAUCUGUAGGUAUUUAAAGAUUAUAUAACAUGCAUAUUCCCAAUAAAUUACAUAUUCUAA